AACCAUUAUAAAAUGGUUUUGAUAAACUUUAAGGAACUUAGGAAUAAAUCAAGCUGACGCCUAGCACCAAUCCAAAAAAGUUAUAGCUAAACAAUUUAAAUAGUUUUCAGAGAAAGUUUUCCUUUAGGAAUAUUUUAUAAAAAUGAUUCAGUUCUAAAAUUUAGAAUUAAGAAUCCAUUUUAAAUACUAAUAAAAUAACCUAGAAGGACAACUUACAAAAUAAAUGUGUUAAUCGUGAAAUAGUGCAGUUAACUGCUUAAAACGUUUAAUCGAAAUCUAAAAAAAAUUAUAAUAAUCAUGCCACGAGAAGAAUUUUCGAGGGAUUUGCUCCUGCUCCUGGUGAUUGUGUUUCCAUUGGUAUCCUGCCAGAACAGCAGCCUAAAGAUAAAUACAAACCUGAAAGAUGUCGAAGCUGGGGCCGUGGCCAUGCCCUCCAUUCAGGGCCCGGGGAACAUUUGCAUCCGCGAGGAGCCCUACGUGGAGCAUGUCCAGGUGCCGGAGAUGCAGCCGGUGCGCGUGCGCACCUCCAGUUGGUGCAUGGAGAUCCCGCCCAGGUGUGCCACCUACAAGACGGAAAUGCGCGAGGUGAUGAGGGUCCAGAAAUUGAACAAGACGCGAAAAGUUCGCUUUUGCUGCCAAGGCUACGAGGGAAAUCUCUCCGACAGUCAGGCCACUUGCAAACCCAUUUGCCGGGGCGGUUGUGGGCGUGGCAGCUGCGUAAUGCCGGAUAUUUGCAGCUGCGAAGAGGGAUAUAUAGGCAAACAUUGCACGCAGCGCUGUGAUCACGAUCGCUGGGGUCUGGACUGCAAGAAUCUCUGCCAGUGCCAAAAUGGAGCAGCCUGCGAUAACAAAUCUGGCUUAUGCCACUGCAUAGCCGGCUGGACUGGGCAGUUUUGUGAACAAGCCUGUCCCCAGGGAACCCAUGGCAUUAUGUGCCGCAAGGCCUGCGACUGCGACGAGAAGCCUUGUCAUCCUCAAAAUGGCUCCUGCAUUCUACAGGAUCAUCCGCUGCAGCUGAAUGUGAGCCAUGUCAUCGUGGAGACUGUCAACUCAACGCUAGAAAAGAUGGGUAUUAUUCCACGACCGACCACGCCGCUUCCAUUACCAGAAGUUAUAGUGAUUAAACAACCUGUGAGCCACGAAAAUGCCCAGCACUCGCCGAAGAUCAUUGUCCACCAGUCGGGCAGUGAACUGCUCGAGAAUCUGCACUCGGCUGCAGCCGCUGGAGUUCCCACUCCGGAGGUCAUCCAUGUUAUCACCAAUGGGAUAACCUCGCCGCAGGAACAUUUGGCCGGAUUUGUGGGAGGCGGCGACUCCAACUCAAGCCAAACGGCAGCAAAUCAUCAGUCCGGUUUGGUUACCACUCUAGUCAGCAUUAUGCUGCUCCUGCUGGUCGCCAUUGCUGUGGGCUCACUCUACGUUUAUCGGAGGUAUCACCACAAAAAUUCAGCCGUAUACAAUGCCAACGGGACUGUGACCACUCUGCCUUCAAAUCCAGAGGUGGUUCUCACCGAAGCCGCUGCCCUGGGCAAAAACUUCCACGAACCACUGCCCGAACCGCCAGUGGUCUUUGCGGUCACGCCCCAAUCGAACGACGCACCACCAGAAUUAUAUGACACGCCCAGCAACAACUCUUCGAUUAAAACACCGCCCUACGCCUACGCUAGGAAGGAGUCCCUGUAUUCGGUGGUCUCGCCAAAGUCGCGAAAGGGCAGCCUGGAUUCGCAUCUGUACGAUGAGAUUCGCUACCACCAGCAGCACCAGCACCACCACAAUCAGCACCACCCACGGAACCACCAACACGUCCAGCACUCCACCACUGCCUCCGCCUUUUUGCCGGCCAGACCGCAAGUGAUGCCAGUGAAUGAGCAGUUCCCCAGCGGAAAUCAUCAUCCCCAUCAGCGAUCGCACCAUGUCACCCACCUGAUAAUUCCGCCACAGAACUCCAACUUCUUGCAGGUGCCUGCCCAAAUCACAGCCAAACGAAUUGCCCACCUGUGAGGAUGAGCAGAAAUACUAAGCCAUCAGUCUUUACCACAAUAAAAUACUUUAAUCAUAUAUGGUAAAU